UGCACACAAACCAGAUUCAUGGGUGAUGUGUCUUUUAGGGUCUUUAGUGUCACAUCAGGUUUCACCAAUUUAUCUCUUUGUUCACAUUAAUUGACCACAACAUAAACCAGUUUCUUUGUCUCUCCUUUUUUUUUCUUUCCUUUCUACAAACUCUCUUUAGAUAUAUUCUGUGUCUAUAUACUCAAACCCUUCAAAUAUUUGCAUCACAAAAGGGGAGAAUGAGAAACAUUAAACUAGCCAAACAAGUUUUGUUAGUUGUGGCCUUAACCCUUGCUGCUGCUGAAUUAAUACAAGGUAUUAGAAUAGAAGAAUUGGUGUCUCAGAAGUCCUCUCAAUCCUACACAGAACAAAGUUUAAAGGGUAGCAAUGCUGCAUGGACAAUGAGGAAUUCUAGAAGAUUGAUGAUUGGAUCUACAACACCAACAUGCACUUACAAUGAAUGUACAGGAUGUAAGUACAAGUGCAGAGCAGAACAGGUUCCUGUAGAGGGAAAUGAUCCAGUCAAUAGUCCAUACCACUAUAGAUGUGUUUGUCACAGAGGAUAGAAAUAGAGAGAUAGAUAGAUAGGUUAUAAUACAAUGUACUAGUAAUGUUUUAAUCUUUGGUUCUAGAAUAUGCUAGUUGCUAUAUUGUCAUUCAAUUACUGAUGAGAAAUAUUAAUAAUUUUUCACUA